UUCAAGGAAGAAGGUUAAAGAGAAUAACUCACAACUUACAAUUCAUUAAGCUUCAAAGUAGCAAAACAAAGAUGGAAGAGUUUAGCUCCUCAUUUGGAGACUAAACAUGAUAAAAAAUAUUAAGAAAACACUAAUCUAAACUGAGCUAAAGAGUAUAUGUGAAUUGGUGCUUUUAUUGUGAAUUGGUGCUUUUAUAGGCUUUAAGAAAAUGCCCAGAAAGUCACUUUUCUGGGCAUACCCGAUCGGGUAUGUCGGCAUACCCGAUCGAGUAUGUGACAAAUCUUCACGAAAAUUUGCUCCCACGAUCAUUUGUUCCCGGAUUUGAUUUGGACAAUCGAAUCAAGCGAAUACCCGAUCGGGUAUAGCUAGGCAAUACCCGAUCGGGUACAUGAGUAUUUUUUCCAAAUCGAAAUCUUUCUUGUCUCCUUGCACUUUCCUUGAUCUUUUAAGGUCCAAUCUUGAUCCCUUGGAUGAUCAUUGACCUGUUUAGCUCAGAAUAAUCCUAAUCUAAACAAAUUACAAAUAAAAAUGAAAAUAAAAUAUUAUACCAAAAGUGUGUAAUUUCCACAACUAGAACUAAUAAAAACUAGUUAAAAAUACAAACAUACAAUUGGAAAUUACACUCAUAUCACUUUCCGUAAAAGACUGAAGCUCCCCGUCGGGGCCAACACCAUGGAGGCUGUCUCCCUGACCUUAGGCUUCUCACUGACCAGCGAGCCGCAACCUACGGUAAUCUCACAGGUUAUCUCGUACAUACCUCUCGUUCCGGAAUCAACCCCCAUUCCCAACAUUUCGGACUGCUUCUUCCUAGAAUCGUUGUGGGUCAGACCUUGACCGACGGGUAUACAGUUCGUCACUCAAAGUUUACUGAUGUCGGCCAAUACCUCACUCCCAUCCAGGCCCUUAAUCCCUCAAAUCAACACCAGAGCUUUUGGUGACCUGGGUCCGUCCAAUCCACCCGUUCCAGUACAAAUGCCCGGAAAGAACGUAUCCCACAACUUGUUUAUUGAACCUCAAGAUGGACGAGUUCUCGAACACGUCACUAUCCAGAACCAAAUGCAACGAGAUCCAGAGAUUUUUCUUUCCAAGCAAUUCCCCCAUCUCGGACGAAUUACGAAGGUACAUAUGGUGAAUUUUUUCUCUUUCACAGUUGCCACCGCCGUGCAGCAGCAGUUAUGAGAGAUUUGAGAUUUGAAGUGGUGGAGCCAAACAUGGUGGUGAAUUAGGAUCAGGCAGAGGCAGCGGACGAGGCGGCAGCAGCGGCGACGGACAAGGCGACGGCAGUAGCGGCGGCGAUGCUGGAAGAGGCGGCAGCAACAAUGGAAAUGGUCAGCGGCCGAUGACAAACAUCUGGCAGUGGCGCCGCCACCUACGGCGGAGGCUACUGGCGACGGAGGAGACUUCCGACGGGGAGUGGUGCAGGCGGCGUCUUGCAGUGGGGUGGUGGUCGUAGGAGUACUUUCUUAUCUGUACAGUUUUUGUUUCAUCAUUAUUAUUUUUACGAGCGUUAUUUAAUUUGAUAGAUUUAAAACAGAAAUUAGUUUAGGGCUUCAUUAAGGGUAUUUACGUCCGGUCAUGUCUAUUCACUCCUAUGUAAGCAUACGGAACAUUCAAACUCCUAACUUUGCACAUUUGUAAGGGCCCAAGCCGAGGCCCGGCCCAUUAACUCCAUCUGACCAGACGCACGUCCAGUGAAAGGACAACGCAGGCCCGCAGGCCCAUGGUUCUUAAAAGAGGGACGAACGUCUGGAGUUUGGGGGUUCAGGCCCAACGUCUCCUCGACGACGAACGUCUAUACUGAGACAAUGGGCAGGACUACGGGCCGCCGGGGAUGACGACGAACGUCUCCAGAGCAAGCCUGUAGUCAUCAGAGGGAAUCCAGUCCAAGGCCAGAAGACGUACGGCCGGUAUCUCUUGAUGAUCACCUGGAGCGAUCCAACUCACCCCCCAGACGGACGAACGUCCCCACUGAUUGGGCGGGAAACCUAGAUUCUGGCGGGAAGCGCAUUUAAUGCUGAAGAUUUGGUGGUUGGGGCACCAGCGGUCCACAGGCUGCCACGUCUGUAUAGCCACCUGCCCAUUGGUGGGUAUAAAUAGAAGCAUUUAAUUCAUUGAAAAGGGUUGGCAACUUUCUAUUCUUAGCACCCUAGCUAUAGCAUUCUUACUAGUGGCUCUUCUACUACCUUGUAAGACGAACGGCCGACGUGCCUUGUGAGCAAGUAGAUUGUACUUAGGG